CCUAUGAAUGCCUAGUGUAUCAUACGAUUGCACUCUUUGGAGUUGAAAGAAUUAGAAAUUCCUUUGUUGAAGAUGACAUGGUGCAUGCAUUUAUGUCUUUGGUUUAUGCUAUGCACUUAAUCGGGCACACUAGGCAUGAAAGCCCUUCAAAUAAUGACAUUCGCUUAGCUGAUGAAUUGUUGAGACAUUAUUUUGAGGCAUUGAAAAUGGAGGAUUGUGACAAUUUGCUAACACCCAAGAACCACUUAUUAAUUCAUCUUGCCACAGAAGUAUCAGUAUAUUCAUCUCAUCUAGGUGGCUUUGAUGCAUAUCCAUUUGAAAACUUUUUGAGGAUUUUCCGAGAUAAAACUCUCAUUAGGAGUGGUAAAAGUGUCUUGAAGCAGUGCUUUAACAGACUAUGUGAAGUGGCUGCCCAUAGCAUUCCAACAGAUUUUAAUGGUAAUCCAAAUCCUGUUAAAGUUAAUGCUGCUACUGAGUUGAAGGCAAUGAAAGAAUUGGGAACACUGUAUUUACCAGAAAGUACAGUGUUGCAUGUUAGGUCAGAGGGCAAGAAGAUGAGCAUUCAAUGUAUUGGCUUCCGGAUCACUUGCACAAUUUGAUACACACAUGGUCUUGGACCUGGGAUCCAAAGAAGUCUAAGUACAGUGGCAUUGUUGCUUCUGAUAUGGAUGAGGAUGGAAAAGUUACAUACAACAGCCGAGAACCUGCGUAUGAAGAAGCUAUGCCAAUUUUUUUAGCAGUGACAAUCCUUGAUGGUGGCAUUGUACCAAUCAAUUGGGUUAGCAGUGACGGGAAGCGGGUCAUGUUCCCCAAACCCAAAGAAAGUGAUGGGGACAAGCCGCCCGCAUCCAAAAAUCGCCGAAUUUUUGCAGAGAAAUUCUACACAGAUUAUCAGAUUAUCGAUCCGGAGGAAAUGGAGGAAUACCUCAUAGGCAACAUUUGGUGUGGAGGAAAUCUUUCUGCAGCUGGUCCCUCUAACAAGGUGUUCAAAACAUCGACACCAAAAAGAAGUGAAGCUGCAGUGCACUCCUUGUAUAACACCAAUCCAUGCUCCAGCUUUGUGCAGGAGCACACCAUUGUUGGGCAAGUAUCUAACAAUAGCAACGUUACUUUCACUGGAGUAUGCAACUCAUCAAAUGAUGAAGCAUUUGAAGAAGUGGUGCUCAGAAGCUUCACAAUUCUGUCAGAUGACAAAAACAACUCUGAUUUCCAAGAUUCUGCAGCAUCACAAGAAUUACAAGAUGAAAGUAAUGAAAUUUCGUACAUGGAUUUGCUUGGACCUCCACCACAGUUUGCAAAUGAAGGUCCUGGACAACCAGAAAAGAAUAAUGACGAGGAAGGUGCGCACACCCAGAUUCUGACAAAGAUGGCACACGAAUUGCGGGAAAUGAAAUGCAAAGUGGAAAACAUGGAGAGAAAUCAGGCCACCUUUCAGGCUUCAAUAGCAGCUACAUUAUUCAUCCAAUGGAGCUGGGGAUCAACUUACCCAUACAAACGAGGAAAGAACUACUACAAUUUGAUACCAUCUUGUUUGAUUCCAGCAUUAGACAAAAAGUUGUUAUUGCAUUACCUAUUCCAAGUGAAAAAGGAACUUUUUCAAAGCGGAUCGGGAAUGCGCGUUGUACUCAAAACCCUGUUUUACCCAAGGAUGAGUUUGCAAAUUUACUGCUGCAAUCGUCAUACUCUUCAAGGGAAUGCCAGAAAAAGUAGAGAACCAACCAUUAUCAGAACAAUUGAAGAAAGAGAUCAGCAGUUGUGGACCCCAAUACAAGAUGAUGCAAAAAGGCAGGACUAUGACUACGAACCCCUCCAUCUGGAAAAGCGUCUAAUUAAUGAAAAUCUCCGCAUUCCACUCAACAAACUAGUGGGAUUCAUGGCUCUCAUGGAGGAAGUUUGGAAUAAGUUCCCAACUCGAAAGGAGACAAACCCUGAUGGAAAAUUGAAGGACAUUGGACUACGGGAAAAAAUUAAUCAUACCCUCCGGUCAAUUCGAUCUGUCGAGAGAAUUAAUCGGGACAAUCGACGAAGGAAGCUUGGAGAGAUACCACCAAAUACAAAGGUGUCAUACCCAUCUGUUACACCCAAGGCUGUUUACGUAGGAAACACCGAGGAUGAAAGAGAAAGCAUCUUGAGUGAGUGGUAUGGUAGGCCAGACCAUGUUGAUUAUGACCUUAAAGCCUUUAAUGAUUUUGAUGAAGCUGAUGAUGAGUUGUGCUAG